AAGUGAUUCCUGAGGCUCGGGCCGCGUGGAUUCGCCUGCUGCGGGCUCGGUUGCAGCAGCUGCUACUGCGAUGACCAAAAUAAAGGCAGAUCCAGACGGGCCGGAGGCUUGCCUCGGGGAGCGCACUUACCACGAGCUGCUAGUGAAUCUGAACCCCAUCGCGCAGCCCCUGGCUUCUCGCCGUCUCACGCGGAAGCUCUACAAAUGCAUCAAGAAAGCUGUGAAGCAGAAGCAGAUUCGGCGCGGGGUGAAGGAAGUUCAGAAAUUUAUCAACAAAGGCGAGAAAGGGAUCAUGGUUUUGGCAGGAGACACAUUGCCCAUUGAGGUAUACUGCCAUCUCCCAGUUAUGUGCGAGGACCGGAAUUUGCCCUACGUCUAUAUCCCCUCCAAGACGGACCUGGGGGCAGCCGCAGGCUCCAAGCGCCCCACCUGCGUGAUCAUGGUCAAGCCCCAUGAGGAGUACCAGGAGGCUUAUGACGAGUGCCUGGAGGAGGUGCAGGCCCUGCCCCCACCCAUGUGAAGGACUCGGGCACUUGCUCCGGAAGUGGUUGGUCUGGCAGUGGGCCAGCUGGUUGUCCUCCUGCGGCCUGUGUCUGUGCAUUGCCCUGGUCCCCUGCAGCAUGUCUUCUUCCCGGGCAGCUCCGCCGGCUCUUUUGUGAAGGCAUAGCUGGAAUGUUCCGUUGAGCAUUGGUGAAGAACACUCCGAGGGUAUAGUGUGGGGGAAGUAAAGGCUAAGACUAAAA